UGUCAAUUGUCAUAAAUUAUUUAAACACUGCUUAGAUAUUGGGAGCCGGCGGUAGUGUGUUUAAGUGUGUUUAAUCAUAAAUAUGUCUUAUCUAUGAGACUAAUAGUUCUUAAACUGCUUAAUAUACGAAAUCCGUAUCUGCAUUUAAAUUGAUUAAUACUUGCUAGUUUCAUUAAAAAUAUAUCAUUCCGUAAAAAAAAUACAAAAGGUUAUUUAUAAACUAUUUAAAUUAGUGAUUGAACAAUUGAAUAUACCUUCAAUACCAAUUUCAUAAGAUUAUUGAAAAUAAAAUGGGUGUGUUUAGAAAAUUUGUUUCGCAUGCAUUUAACAAUGGAAAAAUUGGUAUGAAGAGCAGCGGAAAAUCUUCGCCGUUUCGUUCUCUGCUAUCAUGCGCUCCGGUAGCGAUGGUAGGCUUCGAGCGUAGCGCUCAUUCCCAGGACAUCACGAAGAACAUUCAAUACAUUAGCAACGAGAAAGUCAAACUAACAACGGAUCCGAAAACAAUGAAACUGGACCAGCAAAGAGACAGGCCUCUCUGCAUAAUGAUCAACUGGCUGCUGGCCCGACAGAAGCACGUUAUGAAAUACGCGACGUUGUACUUGGAGCAGGGGUUCGACGUGCUCUCGGUGUCGUGCACUCCGUGGCAGCUAAUGUGGCCCAUGAAGGGAUCACAGCUAGUUGCCGGUGACGUUCUCAAAUUCAUGGCUUCGAACGAGAAUGAGCAGCCCCUCGUGGUGCACGGGUUCUCGAUUGCUGGAUACAUGUGGGGAGAAGUUUACGUGCACGUCAUGAAUAAUAGGAAGAUGUACCAACCGGUAAUGGACCGCAUCGCGGCGCAGGUGUGGGACUCUGCCGCGGACAUCAGCGAGAUCACGAUCGGCGUGCCGGCCGCCGUCUUCCCGAAGAACCAGAUCAUGCAGAAUACUCUGCGGGCGUAUAUGGAAUACCACAUGAAGACGUUCUAUACGAGCGCGACGUCGCACUACAUCCGCUCGUCCCAGCUGUUCCACUCACCGCUGUGCGCCGCGCCCGCGCUGUUCCUGCUCUCCCGCAGCGACCCCGUCGGCGCCGAGCCCAGCAACCGCAGCGUGCACGACUCCUGGUGCAGCAUGGGGAUUAAGUGCACGUGGAAGUGCUGGGAUAAGUCUCCCCACGUGCAGCAUUACACUCACCACCCGAAGGAGUACCUCACCGCCCUGUACGCGCAUCUCGACGCCAGUGGACUUAUCUCACAGCCUGAAAAAAUUCAACGAAGGAUUGCUCUCUAGCCCUCUACACAUUUAAUAAUUAGUUCUUACACGUUUUCCGAUGUUCUUUUUUUUGUUUUUUUUUUAUAUUUCGUUACGAUUUUAGGAAUUCGUAGUUCCUAUGGCGAGCGGUGGCGAAUGAAUGAAAUUUGAAUGAACGAAUGAAUGACAUUUUUGUGAUUUGGCGGGAAAAUUUAAAAUUCGAAAAAUCUAGUAUGUCGUUACUAGAAAAUUAAAAUUUACGCAUACUCAGAAACGUAUCCUAUUAAGAUUAAUGAUUCGCAAAAUACUGUACUCUUUAAUUUAAGUGUCAAAAUAUUCGGUCGUGUCUUUUUUUAACCCUUUUAGUGCUUGAACUUGUUUUGCAGAAAUUGCUAAAAUAUUUUUGAAAAAACGUACCUUAUAAAAAACUUUUACUUAAAAAUAAUACGAAAAUGAAUGCUAAUAAAAAUCAUUUUAAAUGUGUAGUUAUUUAUAAAAGUUAUUAACUUAUUAAUAAACGUUAUGCAUGCGCGCGCUAAGUCACGUCCGUAUAGGUCGAUACCUAUAAUCAAUCUGCAGAAUAGUCGGUAUUCCGACGGUCCGCACUUUAUACGCAUUAAUAGAGAGUCGAUAUAUCGACGGUUCGCGCUCUAAGGGUUAAAUAGCAGCCAUGAUGUUAGCUUUAGGUGAUUUUAGUGAUAUUUAAUCUUUUUACUAUUUACUACCUUUAGUUAUGCAAUUGCCGUUAUCACGUACGCUUUUGUGUCUGACGUAUUUGACAAGGGCCUGGAAUGUAGAAAUGAAAAAUACCUAUGAAACAAUAUCAAUUUUAUAUUGAACUAGCUGACCCGGCAGACUUCGUAGUGCCUCAAUCGAAAAAUAAAAGAGCUAAACUUUUGUACAAAAUAAACUUAAAACAACGACGGGGGACACAUCAAAGGAAAAACAAAAUUGUUAUUUUUAUUUAAUUCCGAGCAUUUUCAUAUUUAUCUACCUUUUAAACCUUCUCUGGAAUUCUAUAAAUAAUUCAAGACCAAAAUUAGCCAAAUCGGUCCAGCGGUUCUCGAGUUUUAGCGAGACUAACGAACAGCAAUUCAUUUUUAUAUGCCUAGAUAGAAUAUAGAUAUAGAUAUAUGAAAUCAAUUUGUAUUGAAUGAAUGGAAAGCGAGUAGGUCCGAUUGGAGAUCCACUAAGGAAAAUUCCGUGGCUCCCUACGGCUUAGGAAUUUUGAACCUUGUUGUCGGGCGCUAACGACACGCUUAGGAGUUCAUUCGCAGCUCAGGUAGUAUGGAUGAGCUCGGCUCUAGGAUCGACUCAUUUUCCAAAUUCCAAUGAUACCAUUGUUUUUCUAUUUACUGAUGUUAAAAACGCGUCAUGGAAUAUGAUAAAAAAAAACAUGACUGCAUCAAAGUGAAUGUAAAUAUAUGAUAAUGUGCCUUGUUGCAACAACAAUAUUAAGGUCGAUGGACGACUAGAAAAAUAAUUAUAUGAGUAAUCAAUACCUUAAGGUACUAAAUUAUAAUCGUUACUAUUUCGAUUCUAACUCUCAAUCGAUUCUAAUAUUCAGUUAUAACUCCACAAGUACCUACUAGGUUUUUAUGGUUUAUUAUAAAGGUGUCAAACCAAGUGAAACAUAAUAAACUGUAAUUGUUGUGUUCACGAAUGCUUACGGUUGAUUGGAACUGUUUUUAUGGGUGUGGGUUGCACAUUUUUUUUCCUAUUUCUAUUAAGUAGAGAUUCGGUUAAAAUUCUUGUAUUGGUCUGAAAAUAUCUGCAAAUCUGUGAUUUUAUUUAACAUUACGACUCUCGUUUAAAACAAAACAAAAAAUUGUGAAAUAAAAAUACAUUUUGUACCAAAAACCUUUUUUUCUAUUAAAUGUAAUCGUAUUUAAAUGUUUACUUACUUGUUAAUACGUAUCACAGAAUAUUGCUUAUAUUAGUUUAGUUAGUUUUGUGUAAUGUUAUUAUAAGAAAGUAUUGUUAAGAAAAUUUUAUAAAAUUUAAUAAAAUGUUUUAAAUUGUU